CCACCGCGAGCUGGCAUGGAAAGACGCGGGGAGAGCGGCCGGGGCGAGCCCAUCCCGAGCAUACUAAAGAAGUCCAAAAAGAAUCGCACCGACGAUCUCCUCGACAAGAGCGCAAAGAUAAAGCGCGAGAGAAACAUCGGCAAGAAGGGCGAUGUGAACGUCCCGCUGGCGCAGGGCUGCACGCCGCUCAUGUACGCCUGCCAGCAGGCCGACUACAACACUGUCGUCGAAAUACUCAACGCCGACCCUUCUUCUGUACGCGUCCGGGAUAGAGGUCUGCGGAGCGCGCUACACUACUGCGCGUCGAGCGGAGCGGGCGCAAGCGGGGCGGCGCGCGCGGCGUGCGCGGACCGCGUGCUGAUGGCGGCGCCGGCGCUGGCGGACGCGCGCGACGCCGACGGCCUGACGCCGCUGCACCUGGCGGUGGUGCACGGCAACGUGCCGCUCGUGCAGGCGCUGCUCGCCGCCGGCGCCGACGUUAACGCACAGGACGACGAGCAGCAUACAGUCGUUCACUGGGCCACGGUGUGUGGUGAGGUGGGAGCACUGAGAGCUGUGCUGGCCGCCGGCGCCGAGUCGGCGACUCCAGACCAGCACGGAGGGUACCCGCUACAUUACGCCGCGCAAAUGUGUGGCGCUCCAGCGGCCACCGAUCAUCAGAGUCGUGGGGCGGCGUUGGAGGUCCUGCGCGCGCUGGUGAAGGAGGGUCGCGCGCGCGUGGACGUGCGCGACGCGGACGGACGCACGCCGCUGCUGUGGGCCGCCUCAGCCGGCUCGGCCGCCGCCGUGCUCGCGCUGCACCAGACCGGAGCCAACGUUGAAGAUGCUGACAGAGACGGUUUGACGGCUUUACAUUGUGCGGCGGCGAGGGGCCACACGGAGGCUUUGGAGACGCUGGUCGGGUUAUGUGGGGCACGGGUGGACGUCGCCGACACGCACGGCUGUACUCCGCUACACUAUGCGGCGGCGCUGGGCCAUGCUGAUGCUACUUCGGCCCUUCUAGAACAUGGCGCUGACGCUCAUAGACAAGAUAGAAGAGGGCGGAGCCCAGCCCACACGGCAGCUGCCAAGGGCCAAAUAGAAACUGUACGAAUCUUAGGUGCAAACGGUGCUAAUUUGUGGCUAAGAAAUUCAAAAGGUGAUUUGCCUCUACAUGAAGCAGUAGCAUCGGGUAGAAGAGAGUUAGUAAAAUGGCUAUUAGACGGUCGACCGUCUCAAGUUAAUGCGACAAAUCAUGAAGGACGUACUCCUCUACAUAUUGCUGCAGCAACUGAUAAUGCAGACCUUUGUCGUUUAUUGCUAGAUCGUGGUGCAGAAGUGAACCCAGUAGCGAGAUCUUCAAAAAAUGAAACAUUGACGCCAUUAGAUUGUGCUACUUGCAGAGGUCAUAGAUCAACUGCUAAAUAUUUACAAAUGCACGGUGGGCUGCCUGCCACAAAAUUAACAAACGCACACAUUGUUAUUGACGGUGCACCAAUAACUGGUUUGCCCACACGAAAAGUAACUAGCACAAAAAUUGACGUCCGAGAUCGAAUCAGAAUAGAAAAGCGUGAGGUAGUUGAACUUUCCAGUCCUAAUCAAGAUAAGAAAAUUUUAAGUCACCUACAUAGUGACUCCGAUUCAAAUAGUACUUCAUCAAAUGCUGAAAUCAGGAGACGUAGAAGUAAUAAAAAAUAUUCGGAACGUAGGAAGGAAUUUUCAAGAAAACAAAAAAGUUUAAGCGAUGGACACGAUAGCGAAAUUGAAAGGUGUGCUGUACGAUCGAAACAUAAACAUAGGAGAAGUACAUCUAAAAGCAAAAGUAGGUCUAGAAGUGAACCUUCGAGGAAAAAACGAUCCAGUUCUAAAUAUCGUCAACGACGAUAUUCAUCUACGGAAACUAGUUCUGAAACCAGUAGCAAUAAGGAAACAAAAAGAAGGCGAUAUCGAAAACAUAAAAGAAGAUCCAGUUUAAGUUCGGACAGUAGUUUAGAUUCAAAUGAAAGGAAAAACACAAAACGCAAAGGUAAAAAGACUUCAAUACAUAUAGAAAAUGAUGACUUAAAGCAGACUGUAAAUAUUGUAAAGUAUAAAGAAUUAGAAUCUCCAAAUCUGAUGGAGUCUAAAAUGAAUGUUAAAGAAGACGGGAACAUUUCUCCAAACGUUUCACAGGAGGCUUCUGAAGAUAAAAAUAAGUUAUUGAAAAGUAAAACUCAAAGUGAAACGGAAACCGAUACGUUAUCUGUUAAAACAAAUAUGGUUGUUACUGAAGCAGAGAUUCAUAUGGAACGGGAAUCAAGUCAACACGGUAACUCAGAACUUAACGUUAAACUAGACCCCUUUAAUAAUGUGUCAAUAGAAACAGUUAAUUUAUCAGUCACUCACAAAGACUUAAGUGAAAACAAAAAUGAAAAAGAAACAAAUGGUAUGGAAAAUGAUGUCAAGUUGCAGAGUGAAGAUAUUAAGAUUAUUGAUAAAAAAAUAAGCUUCGAUUCUGCUAAAAGCAAUGCCGAGUCUAAGGAAAUGGUAGAACCAGAAGUUCUCAAAGAAAAUAAUACAUUAGAAGCACAAGGUAGUAAAGAAAAUUCUGAAAAGGAUGAUGACACAAAAAAAGAAAUCGAGUCUGAAGCAAAAGAUGAAAGUGAAGAAAAAAAUAUUGCUGAUGCUAAUAAUGAAGCAUUAGACAAUGAUGGAAAAGAAACUCUUGAUGCCAGAGAAAAAAACCGAUCAUUUCAAGUAUUAUCCGGUCCUGAUUCUAUAGAAAACGUUAAAGAAAUGCCGUCUUCAAGUCAGGAACUAGAUAAAACGCCAAGCCUUUUAGAAAAAGAAAAUUUAGAUACACAAUAUAAAAGCUCCCCAUCUGUUUCAUUCUCAAAUGAGGAUAAAAUAUUUCAAAUUAAAAAUUCUGAAAAUAAGUCAGAUCACCUGAUGGGUGAACGAGUUAAAGAAAUCGGUAGUGAAAAUGAAAAAGAAGCAUCAAAUGAUCAAACAGAUAAAAAGAGCACUGCUAGCGUUGUAAAUAAAUCAGAUAAAGGUAUAAUUUCGGUACUAGAUAGUAAUGAACCUUUUGAUGAUAUCGAACAAGAAAAUAUGACCAGGGUUAAAGAAUAUGAUCAUGGGCAAGUAGAGUCCACGAAAAGAUCGCAAAAAACAGCGAGAGAUAGUCAAACAAGCAGUAGAAAGAGUAGUAUUUACGAAACCGAAAGUUAUAAAGUUCUUUCAGAUACCAUUGGAGCUGUAGAUACAGGAGUUGGAAUAUUAAAAAAAUCUAGUAAAAUGGAAGAUGAAUUUUCUUUAGAAGAUAGAAUCUUUGAAAAGAAACUGCAAAAAGACUCGUCACUGGGAAGAGUCCCAAGUGUUAGCGAUAACGAAAUAUAUUACAGUAAUUCUGCUGUGAACGGUCGACGUAAGCGUUUUCGCAAGAAAGGAAGAACAAAAAGCAGGCUAACUAUAAGGUCAAAAAGUGAAAACUCAGAAAGAGGUUACGAAUCCAGUGCAGUCAUCGAUUCAGGCUUUGAACCCAGUCCUAGACCUGCUCAACGACUUAUAAUGAGUCCGAGGCUUAACGCGUAUUACCAACAAAGGCGAAGCGCAAGACUGUCGGGAAGAUCUGAUAGCAAAAUACCCGUCCGAAAGCCGGGUGAUAAAAAUGCUGUCGAUAUGCGAUCUGUCACUCAAAGAAUUCAAACUAAUAUGAGAAGAUAUUAUUGCGAAAGGAAGAUAUUUCAACAUUUACUUGAACUGAAACGUUUACAAAUUAGAUCGAGCAAGACAAACGAAUCUGUGCUUGUGAAAAGAGCUAUAGACGAAUACAAUAAAUCCAGUCUGAGCACAGUCGGCCUAGGUCCGUACAGUAAUCCAGAUUACUCUUUCAGUAGUUUCGAAAAAUUUUUAUACGAGAGCUUGAGAAAGCUACAGAAAAGCGGAAAAAGACAUUUGGACAAUCUUCCUGAAAAGCCGAUAGACUUUGAUUUUGGUGAGAGUGAGCUGUACAAAAUGAGUGGUAUCCCCGAUAACCCGUGUCUGUGUACGAGCAAGACGCACCGAUGCUAUCACGCCGUUCACGCAUACACAGGAAUACCAUGUUCUGCUUAUAUUCCGUAUAAGUGGAAUCAUCACACGAUGCCGAAGCCGUCCACGGCAGGAACGGUCACGAAGUCCAAAGGCUUCCUGCCGAAGAUAAACUCGAAGCCGCCGGGAAAAGCGCACGUCACAUUAGAGGUGUCGCACGGCACAGAGCGACAGCUCAUCGCGUUGCCGGCCGAGCGACUCGACAAGAACAAGAAGUACUACGUCACAUUCACCGUCAAAGGAUCCGAACCGCCUUCGGACAACGACGCUUCUCCCAAGUCGAACAAGAGUGUAAAGAGCGGAUAACCACGUUUAAAUUUUGUGUAAUAACAUCACAUUUCGAGAGCACAUUAGGUAACGAUAAGGUCGAUAAGUCACUGCCAGAUAAAACUAGCAAAACAUACAAAUGCGACAAAUGGUUACAGAUAAUAAUUUUGAUGGUCUGCAUUGUAAAAUGUUUUAUUAAAUUGUAACCCUUCAUAAGUAAACAAAAAUGAAAUCAAAUUACUUUAACAAUAUCUUAUUUAAAGCUUUCAUGUAUUGAGUUAGUGUAAUAGGAGCAAUCGCACUAGGACAUUAGAUCAUUAGUAACUACACUACAGUGUACGAAAAGGUAACAUUAUUUAUAAUUCGUAAUACUUUUUGUCAGCACAUUCUUUUAUGC